AUGAUACUCCCUCGAUUGACCAACAUUCCGGUCGACAACAUCGACGAGAUCGAUGUACUGUUGAAGCUUUUUGGAUUUACGGCUUCGUCUAUUGCGAGUUCUGUACUCUUCGAGAGUUUCACUCUAGGUGCGGCCUGCGCUUGCGCUCUGGCUGUCUCAUGUGUAGUGUGGGUCAGGCAACGCUCUGUGAUGGGAAUCUCUUCACUUCUGGCCGUAUGGCUUCUUUUCAUACUACUUGUCAUACACUGGGCUUUCUCUGUGUACCAACUUGAGUCGCUCUCCAGCGGAAGCGCACUGGGUAUCACCUGGGACGAUGAUGCAUCGGACUCGGACACUGCGCUUACCGGUGUGACGAAGGACUCUGACAGUUACCAGGCCUAUGGCUUCUUGUGGGUUGCGUUACUGCCUCUUGUGGCCGAGACCGUACUCUUCGGCUUCGCACUCAUUCUUUUCGUGAUUGCAACCUUCACGAGUCUACGAAAUGUCCGUUUUCAGCGGCGCUCUCGCUUCGUAGCGGUUAUUCCAUCCCUCGCGGUCGUCAUGUUUGCGACUGCCCUGGCUCAUUGGACAAUGUCCCUCUCAUAUUACGUUGUGGAUGCCAAGAACUCGCUCCCACCGCAAGAAAGAGACCUGCACAUCGCUGUGCUUUCGCUGGUAACGUUGGUGCUUUUUUCUAUCAACGUCAUCAUGAGCGAUAUCAUCGUUCUAUGGCGCAUGUGUGUGGUGUGGAAUAACGACCGGACGAUCAUAUGUUUCGGCGUUUUGAUGGCACUCGCAACGCUGGCGCUCAACAUCGCAAAUCUUGUCGGGAGUGCCUUCAGCUUAGACGCCACCUUUCCUACAUAUGGACGAAGCUCUGGCGGCACCGCCACGGCGCUCCUAUCGUUGAUAAGUAACCUAUCAGCGACUGUCCUCGUCGGGGUCAAGGCAUGGUUACAUAGAAGGCAGCUCGCUGAAUUUUCUUGCAUGAACAGUCGUCGCACGCUUGCAGUGCGUAUCAUGGAGCUUCUAGUAGAAUCAGGGGUCAUCUACACGACGAUUUGGGCUCUAUAUUGCGCAACCUUUUUCUACGGCAUAGAUUAUCAAACGACGCUAUAUGGCGUUUGGGCGUCCCCAGGUUGCAUCUUUUGCGUGAAUUCCACCGACUUCCUUGACUUGGCGAUGGCUCAGAUAACCGCUAUAUAUCCUCUCAUGAUCUUCAUCCUCGUAGCUCUGGACAAGAUCCACUACUCGCAGGGUCCUCAAAUCUUAAGCAUCGAUGUCAUACAACACACAAGCAACCGCGAUCAUGCCCCGACGGUCAACGCAGACGACGCUGAUCCCUCAGUGUUGUGCAUAGGUUCUGGCCCGACUCGAUUGGCGAUCGCGGGCGCAAACGACGACGAGGACGCGGCACUGGCCGAGGAGAAGGUUGACGCUCACAAGUCCAAGGGAGCAGAGGCAGAAUUUGAAGCUGUGUAG